AAGUUAUUGGGUCAAUUUUGUGUGGGCUGAGUUGGCAGUCAUUUAUAUCAGAGGCCCAACAACCGAAUUUGGAGAUCACAUUACUCAGCAAAUUUGGGCGGGAAAUGGCACAAGUAAUUCAGCUGCCUCCUCAACUCAAGGUAGUCGGCACAUAAAAUAAAAUAAAAACAAACGAUAAUUUUGUGUGCGAAUUCAUGGAAAAAUACUUGGAUCCUGCAGCAACGGAGAAAACCAAGUCCGUGAAGCGGCGGCCGUGGAAGAGAAGUCUUGUCGAAUUAAACGGAAGAGCCGAUCCCAAUUAUCGCCAUUAUCUUUCUUCUCUUAUAAUUAAUUCAUAUUCUAAGAAAGGAGCAUUUCCUCAUAAAUAUCAUGUCAAUGGGGAGCCUUGCCAGACCCACAUUGGUUGGUUUAUCAACGGUGGACUGAAUGAUUACUCAAGUGCAAUCACAAGGCAAGGUAUCUCAUCGCUUGAAUUUGACUCGAAGGGUGUGUACUUGGCAUCGGUAACAAAAUCAGGUUGCUUAACUGUUCAUGACUUUGACAAUAUUCGUAGUCCAGAUUCGAAAGAAGACGAAGGAAAGCAGUUGCUGCACAUUUCCACAUCUCAACAAAUUGAUGUUGUUCGGUGGAACCUUACUAACCAAGACGAGAUUGCGUGUACAUCAAUGAGAAGUAGUGAAAUUCAUAUUUUUGAUAUUGGGUAUAUCUCAUCUGAACCCGUUGAAGUACUGAGGAAGAGACCCAAUAUCACUGUCCAUGGAUUAAAUGUCCACAAAGGCUUUUCUGACAUUGCCUUUUCUUCUGAUGACAAUUCGAGGUUGCUUGCUUCGGAUACUAGUGGUGUAAUUAAUAUAUGGGAUAGAAGAGUUAGUGAUGUUCCAUGUUUGGAACUCACUACUAAUUCAACUGGCUUGCUUAAUAGCAUCAAAUUGAGCGGGGAUAAUGAGAUUGUUUUUGGAGCCAGCAAGCAGGGAAGUAUAUUUAUCUGGGAUCUACGUGGAGGAAGGUCAUUAUCCACUUUCAGAAACCAUAAAGAGGAAUAUCAUUCUCCUUUGAUAACUGUGAAGUUGGCGCUUGAGUUGGAGAAGAUAUCAUCUCUUAAGGCUCAAUCAAACAUUGUUCCAAAGGAGAUACACUCAAUUGACAUCGAUCCAUCUUGCCCUUACCAACUAGCAUUUCAUCUUGACGAUGGAUGGUCGGGUAUCCUGGACACCAACAAGCUUCAAGUGACACACAUUCAUUGCCCUCCACCUCCGUGGUUGGAUGAGCCAAAUGAUUUUGCCGAUCUUUCGUACUUGAGAAGGCCAUGUUGGCUUCCUAUCAACUCGAUCUAUGCAGUCGGAUCACUAUCCAGUGAUGGCCUUUAUCUUCUAGAUUUCUAUCCAGAUUUUACGUCCUCUUGUCAUGUGGAUUACAAUGAGGAGGUGCAAAGUGGUGCAAAAGCAACCAUCCGCCCGAGGCAAAACAGACAUUUACCAUUGUCUGAAAGUGUUACUGCAUGUGUUUCUCAUCCUUUUGAUGGGACCAUUGUCGCUGGAACUAAGCUGUCAUCGCUGCUCGUGAUUUCCCAAUAGAAACAGAGAUGCAGAUGAACUUGUAAUUUUUAUUACAAGUAGAAAUACCGAUUAAGUACCUCAGGUUAACGUUCUGGGAGAGAGACAACUUUUAAGGUAAAUAAAUUUAUUUUUUUCAACAGUGUAGAUUAGAAGAAAUGUGAGAAGACAUUGAUCAUGUAUGUAAGCUAGAUAUUGGAGAAAAUUUUAGCUUUUACAUGAUACGAUAACUACCGUUUGAACUUGUGUUAAAGCUGAUAUUGAUAUAUCGUGAUUUUGCCAACUA